AUGGAAAAAUUAAUUUGUCAUUAUUUACGUAUACUCGACAUUGAUCCAUUUGGAUAUUUUAUUCGAUUAAUAAAUACAUCAUACAAUCAAUCGCUUAAUCUGAGUAAUAUUCAUAUUCGACAAUUUAGUGUUAACAAUCAAACAUUAAAUUCAUAUACAUUUAAUAAACAAAUAGGAUCGUUAUUAUAUAGUGGUGAAGUAGUUACUAUUUUUUCGAAACACUAUGGUCUAUUAAAAUUCGACAUUGAACCUCAUAUUUUUAUUGCACAAGAUAUUUCGCAAUGGUUAAUAGAUAUUCAUAUUCGAACAGAGAUUUCAAUUAAUAAAACAAUAUUUCAUUCUUAUAAAAUUUGUUCAAUUACAACAAAUGAUGUUCCAUUAUUAUUUAUUCAUCGAUCGAUUGAUUCGAAAUCAUUUCCAACAAAAAUAAUAUCACAAUCAAAUCAAUAUACAAGAUUUAUUUUUCCUUAUUGUUUGUCUAUUGAUAACAUUGUCAAUCCACAUACUUCGGCUAAGUCUGACAGAAAUGAAAAUAAUCUUAAAAGAGAUAUAUGUCAUGAAAAUAAUCAAAUUGUUAAACAUUUUGAUUCAUAUUCACGACGAUUGACUACUUCACCUAAGAUAAUUCAGUCGUCAAAGAAAACAUAA